AUGGCUAGUGAAGAUGCAAAGUAUGUCGACCUCGUAACGAAGCUCCAUACGGGUGUCAUGCAACAAAUACCGGUGCAAUUGCGAUGUGGGAUUCGCUGCACAAAUCCUUACAAUACUGCAGUUCAGGAGUUUGUUCGAAUGCAGCCUCAAGAACAGAUUCCCGUUAUGGUUUUGGUCUUAGAAGGAUUUGCUCUAUGUGAUCCUUUGGUCGAGGCCUUCACUCCGGAAUGCUUAUCGUCUACGGAACUUUGCUCUGCGUACACCCGUUUGUCCGAAGCUGUUAGGGAUCCCGAACGAAGUCCUAGGGCGCUCAAACUUUUGA